UGAUGACAGUUGGUUCUGCAAUAAAUAAAUUAUUUUGUAAAUUUGUUUUUUAACAUGUUACUAAUUGCCGGUUGAUGUCCUCUUCACUGAAAGAAUUUUUUUCCAUAAAAAAAAAAUCAACAAACCAUUACAGAGAGUUGUAGAUUAAAUUACUGGAGGAGUUUGCGCGACAAAUAUUUGUCUAAAUGUCAACCAACAAUAUCAACAAUUACUCCAUCAUAACUCUGGACUCCUGUUACCUGAAGAUGAAGCCGGAAGCUAGAAUUUUUUUAAUCUUUAAUUUGAGAAAAUGAGGAGAGAUUUGACUUUGACCUGCUUUGACAAUUGAAAUUUUUUUUUCAAUUUUAUUUUGAUAAAUGAAGCAUCAUUGACGGUGGGGCACUCCACUCAUAUGUACAUAUAGGUAAUUUUUAAAAAUCAAUAAUACAUAACAGGAGAGUCUGGAAAUAUGACACGAGGGUAAAAAAAUAAUACAUACAAAAGAUAAAAAUAAAAACAAAAAGGCACUGACAGCGCCAGCAUCCGCUUGUUAGUUGUUGCUGAUAUCAACUGGAAAUUGGAAUUGGCUGUGAUUGGCUGGAUUGGCUGGAAUAAUGAAAUUUGGCAAGACUGGUUUUAUAAAAAUCUUAUGAUGGCAACCCUGUACAUUCCGUGACGCUCCGGCAACCGCACACAACCGCAUCUAUCAUCUAUACUCUAUAGCCACGUUCCACGUACAUCCCUUCCAAUUCAGUCCGCUGUCCGCAUCACUACUAAAAAGUAAAUAAUACAUUUUUUAUUUUUUUAUCAUCAAAAGUGUGUGCUGUCAAAGUUUUGUGAUUAAAAAAAAUUUCCAACACAAGUCAUAUACACAUUUAUCUAUAAGUUGGAUUAAAAACGGAGAGAAAACGUUGUCAAAGACUUUCAACAAUUUUGGAGUAAAUAAAACAAGUUGACUUAUAAAAAACGUCAUGUUUGAUUCGGAAAAAUUUAUAAAAGAAAUUAGAAAAAGAAAAGUUCUUUAUGAUAUUAAUUGUAUUGAGUAUAAUGACAGAGCAGUCAAAACACAAGCAUGGCUCGAUGUGGGCAAAGCCAUGAUACCUGAUUGGGACAACAUGAAUGAUGAAGAGAGGCUCAAUGAAGAAAAAAAUUUACGAAAUAAAUGGAGAAAUAUAAGAGAUUAUUUUAUAAAAGAAUUAAAAUUACAACAUAUACAUGGUGAAAGAAAGAGAACACGUUAUUCAUACUUUAAUCAUUUGUUGUUUUUAGUACCAUUUUGUAAAUUAUAUUCAAAAAGAGGUAGAAAUAGAUUGUCAACAGUAAGACAAACGUCAACACAACCACCAAUAACAGUAACAUGUAAAGUUGAAAUGAGUGAUGGUGAAAAUGAUGAUCCAGUUGUUGAUUAUAAUAAUUAUGAUAUUCCAUCAACAUCAGAUGAUUCAAGUAAUAAACAUGCAGAUUUAAUUAAUCAAAAUUAUUCAAGACUUGAUCCAUUAUCUGGUGAAAUAACAUUUGAUAAUGAUAUGCCGAAUAUAAUUACACCAAAUGAUGGACACUUUGAUAUGUCAUGUGAUAAUGAUUAUGAUAAAAUGUUCUUAAUUUCAUUAUUACCAUCCAUUAGACAAGUACCAGAACAUAUGAAAUUGCAAGUACGAAUUCAAAUUCAACAAAUACUUGCAAAUGCAUUAAGUGCUCCUAAAUAAUUAUUAUUAUAUACUUAAAUAUUUAUUAAUGUGU